GACAUUGAUCCGCGACGAGAUUCGGCGACACUUUCUCUCGGAACCAGCUCCGUACCGGCUGGAACUCUAACUUUUAAUCUACUGGACCCAGUCCCGAACCCUGAACCGCGGAGACCCAGGAGUCUCCCAUUAACCCUGAAUCUACUGGACUCGAACCGUGACCCGGCCGGACCAUGAUGACGUCAGCGGGGCUCCACAUCAAACGACCGCGGAUGUGGUUACCAGAACCCCCUAGCGGGGCUAGCGGGCCGGACCAGUGCCAGCAGGCCCAGGACCAGCUGGAGGCUGCGAUCGGUGCCGUGAUGAAAGCAGAACAGCAGCUGAGGGAGAACGCCCGGGAGGUGCGUCUGCAGCUGCAGAGCUGCGUGAGCCGCCAGCAGGAGGCGCUGCGCUGCAGAGAGGUCUGGUUACUGGGACAGAUCGAGCUGCUGGAGCAGCUGAAGACGGAGACGCUGCAGACGCAGCUGCACCAGCUGCACCGGCUCCGGGGCCAGUUUGACCUGAUCUCCAGUUCCAGCAGCAGCAACGACCUGAGCAGCCAGCUGACCGUCUCCAUGGAGAAACUGUCCUCCCUCAGCCUCUCCCCCGAGGAGAAUCCUGACAUGAUCUUCCAGGCCGACGCCCGCUCGCUGCGUCAGGCCAUCACCUCCUUCGGCAGCAUCACCGCGCAGCUGGCGGAGGGCGUGUCCGGCCAGGGCUCCGCCCCCCAGAGGGCUCAGGUGUGUCCAAUCACAGCCAGCGAUCAGCAGGAGGCGUCUCUGUCCGGCUGGCUGCUGGGUUCUGGUUCUGGUUCUGGUCCGGCUCUGGGUUCUGGUUCUGGUUCUGGUCCGGCUCUGGGUUCCGGUCCAGUCCAGGUCCAGGUCCAGUCCAGCCAGAACCUCCAGGAUUGGCUGCUGGCCCACAAAGAUGGCCAGGUGAGAGCUCAGACCUCCUGCCCCGCCCUGGUCUCCCACGACUUCCUGCAGGCCUGGGGGCAGCUCCGGGACCUGGAGGCCUGGCUGCUGCAGGACCGGGCCCGGGACCAGGACCAGGACCAGGACCAGACCCCCCCCAGGGACCAGACCCCCCCCAGGGACCGCACCGUCAGCACCUGCAGCUCCACCUUCUCCAUCGAGAAGAUCGAUGAGUCGGAGCUGCUCGGGGAGGACGAGGACCUGGAGGGCUGGCUGGUCACGCCCCCGGCCGUCGCCAUGGAGACGGACGGCGAGCGCUGGCGGAGGCUGCUGAAGCCGUUCCAGGACGGCUGGGCGUCGGACGAGUGGCUGGCGGCGGCGCCGCGCUCCGACUGCUCGUCCUGCUGCCAGACGGCCGUCGCCGUGGAGAUCGAGAACCUGGGCCGGCUCAAGUGCCUGAAGACCCCGCCCCCCUCGGCCCCGCCCUCGCCCAGCGGCCCCGCCCCCGCCGCCCUGGAGGCGUGGCUUCAGCGGGCCGUGCCCGGCCCCCAGACCUGCCGCGCUAACGAGCGCUGCGGCACCUUCGCCGACUGCGUCUGCGACGACAACUGCGGCCGCGACGCGCUGAGCCGCUGGCUGCUGACGCAGGAGGGGCGGGACAAGAACGGCGUGCUCCUGGACAAAGCCCCGCCCACCGGAGACCAGGCCACGCCUACCGCCAAGAACGCCCCGCCCACACCCUUCACCAGGACGCAGGAGCAGAAGGUCCAGGCCAUCCUGGAGGCGUGGCUCCACCCCAGCAGAGCCCCGCCCCGCUCCGGGGACUCCCCCGGGGACUCCCCUGAGUCCCCCUUCCAGUCGGCCCUGAACCCGGACCUGUGGGUGCUGCCCCAGAAGGCCCCGCCCCCUCCGGCCGAGGACGAGGAGGACAAGUGGCUGCUGAGGAAGAGGAGCCAGGCUCAGGAGCGUCUGGCCCUGCCCACCGUCUGUGACCUGUUCUCCUGCAUGAAAGUGGGCGGAGACAAAGACAAGUGGCUGCACAGAACCGCCGUCCAGAUGUGACCAGGACGACGGGACGCUGCUUCUUCUUCUUCUGGAGUCACUUUAUCUAUUGAUCGCACAUAAUCACAUUAAUCCACCGUAGACACGCCCCCUCCCUGGCCCCGCCCCCUCCGGAGGACACGCCUCCUCCCUGGCCCCGCCCCCUCCAGAGGACACGCCCCCUCGUCCAGCCGGGACAGGGACCAUCAGCUGGGGGCGGAGCCUGAACCCGAGGGGGCGGAGCCUGAACCCCGAGGGGGCGGAGCCAGAGCCGGAGGGGGCGGAGACAUUUUAAUCUUGAAGUGUGAGCUGAACCUGAUUGAUCGUCCUGAUCGCUGAUUGGAUGAUGUAGUUAGGGGUUUGUGGGCGGAGUUAUGAGUUUGUGGGCGGAGUUAGGGGUUUGUGGGCGGAGUUAAGGGUUAGGGGCGGGGUUAGUUUUGUAGUAUCUAGUUUCUGUUAGACGUGACGCUUGUUAGUUUUUCCUCUGACGUCACAGAGCCGCUGCUCUCUCACCUGCCAGGUGUUUCUGGCCCCGCCCCCUCACCUGGGGGGCGGGGCCAGAGGUCGUCAGGGCGGGAAACACCUGAGGAUAUUUCCCAUGAUGCCUUGUGAGCAGCAGCCCGGUCACAUGACCGCUCAGAGCUUUUACUUAAUGAUUGUCCAAUAAAACCUGCCCCUGGGGGCGGGGCUUACCGCCUCUGGGGGCGGGGCUUGCUGCUCCUGGGGGCGGGGCUUACAGGCCCUGGGGGCGGGGCUUACCGUCAUGUGGGCGGGGCUUCAUGUCUCUG